AUGGUGAAACAACUAUACCUCUCCGGUGGGAUAGACCUCAAGUCGCACGCGUCGAUGAGGCAUUUAAGUGACUUCGCGAUUGAUGUAUGUGAGCCAUCGUUUAUGAAGAGACAAUUUCUUAAAUAUCACUGUUGGAAAUCUGCUGAGAAAUUACAUCAAGAUGUAUAUGGCUCAGGUAAUUUCGAAAUCGACCAGUAUGCCGACCUCAUAAAAAAUAUAGAAAAAUACGUACACGAAUUUUCUAAAAUUAACCGUCCACUUCUGUUUAUGAAAUUCAAAGAAAGCUUUAUAGAUGUUAAAUCGUCACAUGUUGUUGUGAAAAAAACAUGUGGUACUGUAAAACUAGGAGGAGUAGUUUUGAAAAACGAGUAUGAUGUGUUCACUGAUGAAAAAAAAAAUUUAAUUCUCGAUGUAUAA